AUAGUUUUUAUGAUACUAUGAUGCAAAAUGUCUCAUCUAAGCCAAAACCUUACGACUGCGAUGAAGUAAUUGAAUACUAUGAGCCCCGUUGUGCGGGCGGCUGUCAGGUCCCGGCGAGCGUCGGGGCGCGGCGCGUCACUCCCAGCUGGACAAUGGCUGGCCGCGCCUGACGCCUGCACCAUGAACGAACUCACCCGCAAGGUGGACGCCUCUUUCUCGCCAAAAUCCUCGCCGAGGGGCUCCAGAUCACCAAUGGCCAACCAAAUGUUGUCCAGGAAUGACUCCACGGGCACGCUCAAGAUGACUAUAUCGGCGGGCAAGCACCCCGCCGUGGUCCACUCUGGGCCUUUCUACCUCAUGAAGGACCCAGCCACAGAAAAUGAGUUGACAGGUGCCAACAACCUGAUGGCCCACUUCAACCUGGAGCACUCCUACAACAAAUUCACUAGCAAGAAGGUACGAGACUCCCUGUCUUCCUUCUUGCCAACACUCCCUGGCAUCAUCGACACCCCAGCUCAUCUUACCAACUCUUCACUACGUUCCCUUAUUGAAAAACCACCAGUGUUCAAAGAGUUUACUCUACUGAACCAUCACCAGCUGGCAGCCUUCCGCCUUCAUCCUGGGCCCCUGCCAGAACAGUAUCGCUUCAUGAACCAGCCACCAGGGCAGCGCAGACACCGCCGUCACCGCAAGCACAAUAAGUACCGGCCAGGUGAAACCCCCACCCAAGAUGGCUCUGCAGAUGGGACAGACAUGCACGAGAAAAAGCAUAAGAAAAAGAAAAAUGAUGACGAUAAGGAGAGGAAAAAGAAAAAGAAAGAGAAGAAAAAGAAGAAGCAAAAACACAGCCCAGAGCACCCCGGCCUCUCCAGCAGUGACCCCAGUAGAGUUAAUCUGUGAAGGAGGUAAAGGGGUGUUACUUGUUGAGCUCUUGUAGCACUGCAUGGCCCCAUGCUUCCUAGACUUAUGUUGGAAGUUGUCUGGAAAAGCAAGCAACUGACUUUUCUUGUAUCUCACCUGACUCACUCCUGGUGAUGUCUCCCCACAACAGCCAAAAAUCAGUAUGUGAAAGUUAAUUUUGUUAAGACUCAAAGUGAAUGAAAGGAAGGAAAAGGCUCAUGCUGUGAAUGUCUUAUAGGUUAUGGCUACUAUGGGGAGCAGCAGUGAAUGAGAUUUUUGAGAUACACCACUUUUUGUAACGCUUGUAUAUUUGUAUGUAUAGAUAGGCAAUACAUUUUCCAUGGUCUGAGGGAAGGAACCCUUAUCUCAGGAACAGAAUGGCUGUUCAGGAGCUGUCAAAGAUUAUUAGUGAUUCCAAAUACAAAGCUUCAUUUUACACAA